CCCGCCCCCUCGGCUGCGCACGCGUGGUGCGGACCCUUAGCUGUCAGAGGAGCCCACAGGCUGCCGUGGGGCAAAGAGCCGGGGCGUCGGGUGGGCAGCACCCGGGAUACAGCGGACCGGGACCCCGAGGGCAGCGGCGGCUGCUGGGAGCAGAGCUUGGGGAGGGUGGGGGCUCUGGACAGCCAGCCGGGGCCGGCCGGACGGGCAGGCAGGCAGGCAGGCAGACAGGAUGGGGAACCGGGAGAUGGAGGAGCUGAUCCCGCUGGUGAACCGGCUGCAGGACGCCUUCUCGGCGCUGGGGCAGAGCUGCCUGCUAGAGCUGCCGCAGAUCGCCGUGGUGGGCGGCCAGAGUGCGGGCAAGAGCUCCGUGCUCGAGAACUUCGUGGGCAGGGACUUUCUUCCUCGAGGGUCAGGCAUUGUAACAAGACGACCCCUUGUUCUGCAGCUUGUCACUUCGAAAACAGAAUAUGCUGAAUUCUUACACUGCAAAGGAAGGAAGUUCACAGAUUUUGAUGAAGUUCGUCAAGAGAUUGAAGCAGAAACAGAUCGAGUGACAGGAAUGAAUAAAGGCAUUUCAUCUAUACCUAUUAAUUUACGAGUCUAUUCCCCACAUGUGUUAAAUCUAACCCUUAUUGACCUGCCUGGAAUCACUAAAGUGCCAGUAGGGGAUCAGCCACAAGAUAUUGAAUAUCAGAUCAGAGAAAUGAUUAUGCAGUUUAUCACUCGAGAAAACUGUCUGAUUUUGGCUGUUACACCUGCAAAUACAGAUCUUGCCAACUCUGAUGCCCUGAAAUUAGCUAAAGAAGUUGAUCCUCAAGGUCUGAGAACUAUUGGAGUCAUCACCAAACUAGAUCUUAUGGAUGAAGGAACUGAUGCAAGGGAUGUUCUAGAGAACAAAUUGCUUCCUCUUCGAAGGGGUUAUAUAGGUGUGGUAAAUAGAAGCCAAAAAGACAUUGAUGGAAAGAAGGACAUUAAGGCAGCUCUGCUGGCAGAAAGAAAAUUUUUUCUUUCCCACCCAGGCUACAGACACAUUGCUGAUCGAAUGGGAACUCCGCAUCUUCAGAAAGUCCUAAAUCAGCAACUCACUAACCAUAUUCGAGAUACCUUGCCAAGCUUCAGGAGCAAGCUCCAGGGACAAUUACUCUCCAUAGAACAUGAAGUAGAAGCCUACAAAAACUUCAAGCCAGAAGAUCCUACAAGAAAGACAAAGGCUCUGCUACAGAUGGUUCAGCAGUUUUCAGUGGAUUUUGAAAAGAGAAUUGAAGGAUCAGGAGAUCAAGUAGAUACACUGGAGCUCUCAGGUGGUGCAAAAAUAAACCUCAUUUUCCAUGAACGAUUCCCUUUUGAGAUUGUGAAGAUGGAAUUUAAUGAGAAAGAACUGAGAAGAGAAAUAAGCUAUGCAAUCAAAAACAUUCAUGGUAUCAGGACAGGAUUAUUUACUCCAGAUAUGGCUUUUGAAGCAAUAGUUAAAAAACAAAUUGUAAAACUAAAAGGACCUUCCCUGAAGAGUGUAGACCUGGUGAUGCAGGAGUUAAUCAAUACUGUAAAAAAAUGUACCAAAAAGCUUGCAAACUUCCCAAGACUUUGUGAAGAAACAGAACGGAUUGUUGCUAACCACAUUCGUGAAAGAGAAGGAAAGACUAAAGACCAGGUGUUAUUGCUGAUUGACAUCCAGUUAUCCUAUAUUAAUACCAACCAUGAAGACUUCAUUGGCUUUGCAAAUGCCCAGCAAAGAAGCAGUCAGGUUCACAAGAAGAGUGCAGUUGGAAAUCAGGGAACCAAUCUUCCGCCUUCAAGGCAAAUUGUUAUUCGGAAGGGAUGGCUAACAAUCAACAACAUUGGCAUCAUGAAAGGAGGAUCUAAGGAAUACUGGUUUGUCCUUACUGCAGAAAGCUUGUCCUGGUAUAAAGAUGAUGAGGAAAAAGAAAAGAAAUACAUGCUUCCCUUGGACAACCUGAAAGUUCGAGAUGUGGAAAAGAGCUUUAUGUCUAGCAAGCAUAUCUUUGCACUUUUUAACACAGAGCAGAGGAAUGUAUACAAGGAUUAUCGCUUUCUUGAGUUGGCAUGUGACUCCCAAGAAGACGUAGAUAGCUGGAAGGCAUCUCUGCUCCGAGCUGGGGUCUAUCCUGACAAAUCUUUAGGGAACAACAAAGCUGACAAUGAUGAGAGUGGUCAAGCAGAAAAUUUUUCCAUGGACCCACAAUUAGAGAGACAAGUGGAAACCAUUCGCAACCUUGUAGACUCCUACAUGUCCAUCACCAACAAGUGCAUCCGGGACCUGAUUCCCAAAACAAUAAUGCACCUUAUGAUCAACAACGUCAAAGACUUCAUAAAUUCAGAGCUCCUAGCACAGUUAUAUUCCUCAGAGGACCAAAACACUUUGAUGGAAGAGUCUGCUGAGCAGGCUCAGCACCGUGACGAGAUGCUUCGGAUGUACCAAGCCCUUAAGGAAGCCCUUGUGAUUAUCGGUGAUAUCAACAGUGCCACUGUGUCUACUCCUGCACCUCCUCCUGUGGAUGACUCCUGGCUACAGCAUUCUCGUAGAUCACCCCCUCCAAGCCCUACAAACCAAAGGAGACCAACAUUAAAUGCUCCUCCAACCAGACCCACAUCAGGCCGAGGACCUGCUCCAGCAAUUCCAUCCCCAGGACCCCAGUCUGGGGCUCCACCAGUACCAUUCCGUCCAGGACCUUUACCUCCUUUUCCCAGUAACAGUGAUGCAUUUGGAGCACCUCCACAAGUUCCAUCCCGGCCAACACGAGCUCCUCCCAGUGUCCCAAGCCGGAGACCACCUCCAUCACCAACUCGUCCCACUAUAAUCCGUCCAUUAGAAUCCUCUCUCUUAGACUAAGUGAAAUUUCUGGCAUGGCAACUAAUUGAUAACGAAUUAUAUGAAACCAACUAAUUUGAUAACUGUUGCAAUAAAUCAUGAGUAGUCGCAUGUGUGGACAUCUGUAGGCAAGUAACCAGUUUUACUAAUAUACUCAUCACUCACUCUGCAUUGCCUGUGGCAUUUCCAGUCUUUGGGGAAGGUCCAUAAUGCUUCAACCCAUGAAAAUGACUGGCCUUAUAGAAUCUUUACAUAGGCCACUGACCAGGCAGGUUUGGGGUGCAGUCCUAUACAAAGAAACAACAUACUUUACCUGCAU